AUGCAAGCAACACGAAGAAAUCAACUUGUACUUAGUGUAUUGUUACCAAUGUUUUUUGCAAACAAUUGUAAUGCAAUAAAAUGUUUUGACUGUAACAGCGCUAACAACUCGGCAUGUUUGGAUAUGCACUUACGCAAAAUGCACGCAAUUGUGCCCAUAGUGGACUGCGCCGAAGCACUCCCAAAUUCUUUGAGCAAGGAAUUCUUUUGCAGGAAGAUGGUUCAAACUAUUCUGCAUCCUGAGCAAACUCCAGAAAUCCGUAUAACCAGGAGCUGUGGAUGGGUGAAACACAAGCGGGAGUGUUACACAGCAGACAAUGAAGACCACUUGGAGACAGUGUGCCAGUGUUUCGGGGAUAUGUGCAAUGCGGGAAAUGUAUUCGAAUAUGUCAAAACGACAAUUCUUGGUAUUGUGUUGGCAAUAUUUAUCACGAUAAAAAGUUGGAGGGCAUAA